AUGUCUAUCUAUCUAUCUAUCUAUCUAUCUCAGUGCUAUUAUCUGUCUAUCUAUCUAUUUAUCUGUCUAUUUAUCGAUCUAAAUCCUUUAAAUAUCUAUCUACCUAUCUAUAUGAUAUUAAUAUCCAUCUGUCUAUCUACCCAUCAUUCUAUCUAUCGCAAUCCAAUUGAUAUCUGUCUAUCAAUCACAUUCCGUUUGAUAUCUAUCUAUCUAUCUAUCUAUCUAUCUUAUCUUUUUAAUAUCUAUCUAUCUAUCUAUCUACCUAUCUAUCUGAGUCUUUUUAAUAUCUGUCGAUCUAACUAUCAUUCUAUCUAUCUCAGUCAUGUUAAUAUCUAUCAGUCUAUCUCUUUUAUCUAUCUAUCUAUUUAUCUCAUUUUUGUAAUAUCUGUCUUUCUAUCUAUCUAUUUAACUUCUUUUAAUCUAUCUAUCUAUCUAUCUACCUAUCUAUCUCAUCCUUUUAAUAUCUAUCUAUCAGUCUUUUUAAUAUAUAUCUAUCUAUCUAACUAUCUAUCUAUGUUUAACCGCCGUUUAAAUAUCUAUCUCUCUGUCUAUGUAUCUCUCUACCUUUCUAUCCGAGUCCUUUUAAUAUCUAUCUGUCUAUCUAUCCAUCGUUCUAUCUAUCUAUCUAUCUAUCUGAUCUUUUAA